AUGUUGCCGUACCACAUGUUUUGUGUGAUUGCCGCUGCGCUGUGCUGCUGCACGUCUCUGUGUGUGGCUGCUGCUGCUGAGGCUUCCUCUGUGCCACCCGCAGGUGGUGCGGGGACCCCGGCGGCGACGGUUGGUACGGCGAGAAAAAACGUUUUGGACGCCGUGGCGACCAUGACAGAAGCGACAGCAGGUUCUGCGAAAAAGGUUCUGGAGAAUUUAAAAGGGGCAAAAGAGGAAGCGGAGAAGACGGCCUCGAGAGCAAAGGCCAGCGCUGAGAACGUGGCGAAUGAAGGUGCUGACGCAGUCAAGAGCACGGCCGAGGAGCAGCUUCACCGCGCCGACAACGGGGCAAGCGAUGUGGUGAAAAUCACAGCGGGCCGUGCGAAGUCUGCUCUGCCCGGGGAUGGCAGCAGCGUUCCUGCGGCGGUGUGUGCACUGCUGCUCCUGGGAGCGAUG